GUUUCGACUUGAAGGUCAUUGCACGUGCUUCUUUCUUGGGGGUGUAGACACUCUUUUCGGGAAACUACUUUGACUCCCGCUGACUGAAUUUUAACCACAUCAGUUGCACUGAAUACAAAUUCGCGAAUAUUAAAAUCGAUUUCUUGUAUAUAAUAACCCUGUUGGUGCUCAUUUCCAUCAAGAAUUUGAAGUCAAAUGGCAAGUUUUUAAAUCAUGAUAAGUAAUCACUUCAAAUCAUUAUAUAAAACUGAGUCAAAGUUUUUGUAUUGAGCCGUCCACCGAAUUCUAUCGGAAGCGAGUGCCGAAAGGAGGCAUUUCUCAGCAAGAUCCAGUUUCUUUUUCUCCAUGUUUCUCUCAUUUGCUUUAUUUAUCCCUGUUCCUAGCUGCUCCAUUUUAUGUCUUCGAACGUCUCAGGAAGCCUAAUUCUAUAUUUUUCCAGUUGUAUAGCAGUGGUUCUAGGGCGGACUACAAUAUUAAAACAGUUGGAGAAGUGUGAUCUGAGUAUUGCAGAGAUUUCCCGGUACAGCAGACAGCUAAUUUUGCCCCAAUUCGGUGUUUCAGGUCAACUAAAACUACGUUCUGGACGUGUACUUAUUGUUGGAUGUGGUGGACUUGGUUGCCCAGCUGCAAUUUAUCUUGCUGCUGCUGGAGUUGGUACUAUUGCAUUAAUAGACGAUGAUAAAGUUGAGUUAAAUAAUCUUCAUCGACAAAUUGCACAUUCUGAGUCAACAAUAAAUAUGCCAAAAGUUAAUUCAUUAGCAAAUAGAUGCAAAGAAUUAAAUUCUACUGUAAAAAUAAUUACGCAUAAAACUCAUUUGGAUAAUACAAAUGCAAUUGAUAUAAUAAAAAAUUAUGAUAUUGUUAUGGAUUGUUCAGAUAAUCUUGCCACACGUUACCUUAUUAAUGAAGCUUGUGCUAUAACUGGACCUAAACCACUUGUUAGUGGUAGCGCUUUACGUUUAGAGGGACAAAUGACAGUAUAUCUAACGAAACAAAUCUUAUCUGAAGAAGAUAUAUCAUCAGGAAAUAAUCUUAUCUCAGAAUAUCGUGCUCCAUGCUUUCGUUGUAUUCAUCCUAUUCCUCCACCAGCAAAUAGUGUUCAAGGAUGUUCAGAAGCCGGUGUUUUUGGUGUUGUCCCCGGUAUAAUUGGAACUAUGCAAGCGGCUGAAGUUAUCAAAAUAUUAACUGGUGUGGGUGGUAAGUAA